UGCUACUGUGCAGGAGGCCUUGCAGUGCUGUUACCUUACACAGGAGGAUCCAGACAGAUCAGCAGUGACUCCAGAUUAACCCAUUUUCCUACUCGCCAUCAGAUGCUGUAGGCCCGUCUGCAUCUGCCCAUCCACCAUGGUUGUUCCUGAGACUCAGGACAAAAUGUACUACCCUCCUGAGGACUUGCAGAGGGAUGCUCACGUGCCUGAUUUUAACUCCUAUCUGGCACUGUACAGGAAAUCUCUUGACAAUCCAGAAGCUUUCUGGAAGGACAUCGCUGAUGAGUUCUUCUGGAAGAAACCUGCAACAGGGCCGAUGUUGCAGUACAACUUCGACGUGACAAAAGGGAGCAUCUAUGUCAAAUGCAUGGAGGGUGCCAAAACCAACAUGUGCUAUAAUGUCUUGGACAGGCAUGUGAGGGAGGGGAACCUGGGUGACAAGGUGGCCUAUUACUGGGAGGGGAACUCACCAGACCGCCAUGAGACCAUCACGUACCGCCAGCUGCUCAGCCAGGUCUGCCGCUGCGCCAACGUGCUCAAGCAAAUGGGCGUGAAAAAGGGAGACCGGGUGUCCAUUUACCUGCCCAUGAUCCCAGAGCUCGUUUACACCAUGCUGGCCUGUGCCAGGAUCGGUGCCAUUCACUCAGUCGUGUUUGCAGGCUUCUCCUCCGAGUCGCUGUGCGAGCGGAUCAUGGACGCUCAGAGCAGCGUCCUGGUGACAGCAGACGGCGUUUUCAGAGGGGAGAAGCUGAUCAACCUGAAGCAGAUCGCGGACGAGGCUCUGCAGAAGUGCAGGGAGAAAGAUUCAUGCAGCGUCACCAAGUGUGUCGUGGUCAAACACCACGUGCUGAGGACCAGAAGCGGCGCCGCUUGCAACAAGCUACAGACCCCCUGGGACGCGGAGUACGAUGUGUGGUGGGACGAAGCCAUGACCGACUCUCCGGAGGAGUGUGAGCCCGAGUGGCUGGACGCCGAGGACCCGCUGUUCAUCCUCUACACCAGCGGAUCGACCGGCAAACCCAAGGGCGUUCUCCAUGCCGUCGCUGGCUAUCUGCUCUACACCUCGCUGACCUUCAAGUACGUUUUCGACCAUCACCAUGACGACGUGUUUUGGUGCACGGCCGACAUCGGCUGGAUCACCGGCCACUCCUACAUCACGUAUGGCCCCCUGGCGAACGGCGCCACCAGCGUUCUGUUUGAAGGGAUUCCCGUCCACCCUCACGUCGGCCGCUUCUGGGAGAUCAUCGAGAAGUACCGAGUCUCUAAGUUCUACACGGCUCCCACAGCGAUCCGCCUGCUGAUGAAAUACGGCCGCGAGCCGCUGCAGAAGUACGACCUCUCCAGCCUGCGGAUCCUGGGCACCGUGGGCGAGCCCAUCAACCCGGAGGCGUGGCAGUGGUACCACGAGGCGGUCGGUCAAGGCAGGUGUCCCGUGGUCGACACGUUCUGGCAGACGGAGACGGGAGGUCACGUCCUGGCUCCUCUCCCCGCCGCCACGCCGCUGAAACCCGGCUCGGCCACUUUUCCUUUCUUCGGAGUGGAGCCGACCAUCCUGAAUGAGCACGGAGAGGAGCUGGAAGGCGAGGCCGAAGGUUAUCUGGUCUUCAGGAGGCCCUGGCCCGGAAUCAUGCGCUCAGUGUACAGAAACCACGAGCGCUUUGAGAACACCUACUUCAAGAAAUUCCCCGGUUUUUAUGUGACCGGUGACGGCUGCAGGCGGGAUAAAGACGGAUAUUACUGGAUCACCGGGAGGAUCGACGACAUGCUGAACGUGUCAGGUCACCUGAUGAGCACGGCCGAGGUGGAGGCGGCUCUGGCCCAGCACCCGUCCGUGGCCGAGGCGGCGGCGGUGAGCCGGCCGCACACGGUGAAGGGAGAGUGUCUGUACUGCUUCGUCACGCUCAAAGACAGCCGGGAGUUCAACCGCACGCUGGAGGAGGAGCUCAAGAGGCUCGUGAGAGAGAAAAUCGGACCAAUCGCGACGCCGGACUUCAUCCAAAACGCCCCGGCGCUUCCCAAAACUCGCUCAGGAAAGAUCAUGCGCCGGAUCCUCCGUCAGAUCGCCCGAAACGACCAUGACCUGGGUGACCUCUCCACGCUGGCCGACCCCAAGGUGGUGGAGGUGCUGUUCAGCCAGAGGCGUGAGGCUGCAGCCUGAGCCCCGCCCUCCUCCACCCUCCUCCUCAGCCUUCUCUUUUCUAUCUAUGCAUCGGAUCAAAUGAAGCCGGUCAGAACCAGCUGCAGGUUCUGGAUCGACCGGUUCCCCUGCUGCUCGGUUCUGGAUCGACCCGUUCCUCUGCUGCUCUCUGGGAUCGAAGGACUGCUCAAUUUUCUGUUUCAGUGAAAUUGGGAACGUCAGGCGACGAUUUAAUGAGUCAAACUGAAUGUGAGCCGAGUGUUUCAUGUGUUGACGAGCACGAGUGUCUUUGGGCCAAAACAUCUCUCUCACACACACACACACGCACACAUACACACGCACACACACAGACAGACACACAUACACACACACACACACACACACACGUUCUCCUGCGGUGAUUCAAACCUGCUUUUGUCGCUUCUCUUUUUGAAUUUUUCACUCUGCCCAGCUGGUUUUGACUGAUUAUCAGUGUUUAUUUCCCUCCUGUGUUAACAUUUGUAUGACCUGAGAAUAAAAUGCUUUCUGCUG